AGAACUGAGCCUGUAAAGGUGAAAGAGAGUGAAGCUAAAAAAAAAAAAAUUUAAAAAAAAAACUCUCUCUGAUCUCUUUGUUUCUUUAUUUUUCUUACCCCCCACCCCCAUUUCAUCGGAGUGGUCGGAGCAGAUGCAGCUUCACGGCGGCUUCAGAAGUUGGACAGCCACAGAUUUGCAUGCCAUGACUCUUGAAUCUGGACAUUCCCAAGGCAGCGCAGCGCAGACGGCGUGGAUCAUUUUAAAAGACAUUUCGUCUGUCCACAUCACGCGUGUCAGGAGGGAGAUCAACAUGUGGCGCUUUAAAUAAUAACAACAAUUUAAAAAAAAAAAAAAAAUGAAAUGAAGGAAUACUGAUCUCCGGGUGAUACCUGUUAUUUACAGUAAUGGAAUGAAGACACUAUCCUGAGAUAUAAUGGAUGAGAGAUCCAGCAAGCUCAUCUUGGUUCCCAUCUUGGCAGUCCUUUUUGUUAUGAUAGGUUAUCAGUACAUUUGUCCAGCGGGCAGCAAUUCGUGCCACUUUAAGUCCGAGGAGAGAUUCAGAGGGGUGAGCCUGCUUUCUUCCCCGUAUCAGGACGCCGAUGACUUCUACCGAGAUUCCGACCUGGACGAUGACGGUCCGCCGAAGCUGCCGUCCAAAUUCAACUUCACCGAGAGAGACCUGGACAGACACGUGGAGUUCAACAUCAAAGGGGACGACGUGAUCGUGUUCCUGCACAUCCAGAAAACCGGCGGGACCACUUUCGGCAGGCAUCUGGUGAGGAAUAUUCGUUUGGAGCAGCCGUGCGACUGCAAGCCCGGCCAGAAGAAGUGCACCUGCCACCGGCCGGGCAAAGAGGAGUCCUGGCUCUUCUCCCGGUUCUCCACGGGCUGGAGCUGCGGGCUGCACGCGGACUGGACCGAGCUGACGAACUGCGUUCCGGUCGUAAUGGAUAAGAAGGAGGCCCAGAGGAAUAAAAGGAACUUYUACUACAUCACCAUGCUGCGAGACCCAGUCUCCCGCUACCUGAGCGAGUGGAAACAUGUCCAGAGAGGAGCCACGUGGAAGACGGCUCUCCAUAUGUGCGAUGGACGCUCACCCACCCAAGACGAGCUGCCCACCUGCUAUAGCGGUGACGACUGGUCCGGAGUCACCCUGAAAGAGUUCAUGAACUGUCAGUCAAACCUGGCCAACAACCGCCAAGUCCGCAUGCUGGCUGACCUGAGCCUGGUGGGCUGCUACAACAUGUCCUCGAUGAACGAGAGCCAGCGCAACCACAUCCUUUUGAGCAGCGCCAUGAGCAACCUGAAGAACAUGGCUUUCUACGGUCUGACUGAGUUCCAGCGCAAGACGCAGUACCUGUUUGAGCGGACGUUCAGCCUGCGCUUCAUCUCCGCCUUCACGCAGAUCAACAGCACGCGGGCGGCCAACGUGGACCUGAGCGAGGCCGUGCGCAGGCGCAUCGAGGAGCUCAACUUCCUGGAUGUUCAGCUGUACGAGUACGCAAAGGACCUGUUCCUCCAGCGGUUCCAGUACACCCGGCAGAGGGAGCACCAAGAGGUGCGAUUGAAGAGGCGCGAGGAGAGACGCUGGUUGAGGGAGCAAAGGGACCAGGGCAGACCAUGGCCGUCCAAACACAAAGGAAGCGGGAAGGGAGACGGAGGCGUAUUUGAGAAGGAAACUGAAAACGACCUGCCCACCACCACUGAGGACUAUACAAGCCAAGUGGCACGUUGACUUAUGACAAAACACCAGGACGCAUAGCUCAUGCAGCGGGAGGGGUUUCACAGGAGCUCAUUUCAGUGGAUCUUGUGGAUCUUGAAGGGUCUCUGCGAAAACGGAUGUCCCACCUUCACAGAUGUCAACCACGUGACCGCACUUCGACUGUUUGACCACACUGGGCCCUUUAAUUAAAGAACAGAUGGUUACAUGUCACAGAAACACAGCAUAUUUAGAACUGCAGAGAGUUUCAGAAUAUGAAUUUUUACACUUAAAUAAGCUCAGGCUGAUUUAAUAAAAAUCUCGGCUAAGUCACUGAAAUCAACAUGUCUUUCUUGAAUAACUUUCUGACCACCAGUAUUUUGGUGCUGGAUUUUUUUGAAUUUGGAAAUCCUAACUCCAAAAUGGACAUCCUUCUGAUAUUUAUUUCUUAUUCUGUUUUUGAUGUGACUUUAGUGAGAGGCAUGAAAAGGCUCUUUCAUGGAUCUGAUUCUAGUUCUGUCACUCAAAAUAUUGCCCAUUUUCAUCUACUUGCAGAAAAGGCAACCUAAACAACUCGGACAAAAGAUGUACUGUUUUGAGUCUGAUGUUUUUUAAAGACAACAUUGUUUGCAUGCACCCAACUAAACCAAAUUAUUCAAAAAAUGUGUAUGCCAGUUUUUUUUUUUUUUUUUUUUUUUUUUC